AUGUCGUUAUUUAUCAUGUCUGUUUCCGAAGCUGUUUCAGCAUCAGUUUCCACUAAUAAGCCUUUGGUUGUAUUUGUCACUGAUAACUCUGAGGAGUCUAACAAAUGGGGGGAAGAGUUAUUAUUGGAGAGUGGCGAUGAUACCGUGCAUUUGCUCAAACAGAAAACAAUCAUUUUGAAAUUGGUGAAACCAAGCCAGGAUUAUGAUUUCUUUUCCCAAAUUUUCCCGAAUCCUCCUUUAUCUAGUAUUUACUUUGUGAUGACUGGACAGCUAUUGGAUGUGGUUACCGGAGAGAUAAGUCUGAGUGAUUUUAAGCAGAAGUUGAACGAUGUGUUAGCAAAAGUGGAGAAGGUUCAGUCAGCCCCUCAACAACUGUCAGUUUCCUCCAACACUAAUGAAGGUAUGAGCACGAAUCCAGCAUCGGCUGAAAUCAAGAAAACAGAAAAAUGUAAAUCGUCAAAGAAACCUGCUAAGAAUCCUGAGUCCCCUAAGAAAUACAAUUCCAUUAAACAACAAAUAGCCGAGGAAUCAUCCCAUCGAUACAAGGAAGAACAGAUGAGAAAAAAGAAAUUGGAAAAAGAAGAAAAGGAAAGAAUUUUAAAAUUAGUUAGAGCUGACAGAGAAGAGAGAAGGCAUGAUAAUGAGCUUAGGAGAAAAGAAAAAGAAGGGCUUCAGCCGGAACACGAAUCGAGUUCCCUCAAGACCAUUCAUCAUGAUGGGCAUAACCAUCCAAAAUGUGUAUUGUCAAUUAGACUUCUUGAUGGAUCACGAAUUAAUCAUGAAUUUGACUCCAAACAAACGCUAAGUGAUGUCCGGAAUUGGGUGGACCGUAAUCGACUGGAUGGCGAUCAACCUUAUGUAUUUUAUGAGGCUGUUAUUAAAAGGGAGUAUGGAAUAACUGAAGAAAUUUCAAAACUAUCUGAUCUCGACUUACCACCAAGGUCCGUGCUAACUUUAAAACCUCAUCAAAAUUUUACUACUGCCUAUUAUGGUGCAACUGAUACUUGGUUCAAUAGGUUUAGUAACGUUUUCUAUUCUGCUUUGGGCUAUGAUGGUUCUAAUCAGGCGCCAGAAUCAAUUAAUCAGAAUGGACCUUCUAAUAAUAGAGGGAUUUCUAGUGCCAUUGGUAGCACCGAGAAUGUAUCCCAAGGUGCGGCUAGUCCAUUUUUACGAUCUGUUAAUGCAUCAGUUGAUGAUUUACAUUCUUUCUAUAGUUCCAGUUCUCAUAUCAAUGGCAGCAAAACAUCUUUAUCAGACUCAAGAAUUAGGGCCUUUGGUGACAACCCUAAUAGCUCAACUGGAAAUGGUGGAAAUGGGUAUAAUAAAAGUAAGGAAAAAGACAAGAAAGUGGCCUAUAAUGGAAACCAAACUAAUUUGGAAGACGAUAAUGAUAAAACAUAG